AUGCCUCAAGACCGCGCCAUCCACCCUGACGCCAAUGUUCCCCCUCCUCCACCACCUUGGUCGUCCGUCACCAGCCACCCUGUGCCCACCUCUGCCACCAAGGACUCUACGUUUGCAAUGCUUGCGUACAUCUACGUGCAUAUGCCAAUGUGUGGCGGCGACUGGGACAUCAAGCUCCUGCCCUCUAUCAAGUGGCUCCGCACAGAGGAAGGCCUGGCGGCGAUGUUUGAGACGUGGGGGCGCAACGAGGAGAGGAUGACACCGCUCCUCAACUACCAGACCGCGUCUGGUCUUGACAUGGACAAUCAUGGCGGCGACGAGUGGUGGGAGGAAGUCUUCCAGCUAUACCAUGUCAGCUCCGGCCAGUCUCAGGGAUCACAACAAAUAGACCACAUCCAUGUUCCACUGGUCAAAGGGAUCAACCUCAAAUGCAAGCGACCACGCAGAAACAGCAAUGAGCAGGCCGGAAAGGCGCAAAAGGCGGCAGAGGGGUCAACGUUGGCGGACGGAAGGUCCAAAAGGACCAGGAAACUGACAGAGCGGGCGGGAGGUGGUGAGGGCAGUGGUGAGGGCGGUGGUGAGGGCAGCAGGAAGGCGAGUGAUGAGCAUGGUGUGAAGGGCAGGAAGGGGAGCAAGGGUGGGAAGAGCAGGAAGAGCAGGAAGAGCAGGAAGAACAGGAAGAGCAGGAAGAGUGCCAAGGGCAAGGAGAAGGCAGACGACACAGCAAGAGUAUGCGGACCACCGCCUCCGCCCAUGCCCAGUGAUGAAGACCCCCUGAAGACCAUCUUCGUCGGUGGCAACCGGUGCACCCCAUGCAGGAGCCACGAUCUGGCAUGGUGCAUCCAGAUCAACAACCAGGCCUGUACCUGGUGCAAGGCAAAGAAGACCAAGUGCAGUCUCCCCAAGUCCCACAAUGCGAUGCGACCCCAGUCCAAUGCCACCGCCGCUUGCUACUGUCUUGGGUCCACACCAUCCAAAAAGAUGACGCCAGUGAAACCUUCUGGCACCAGUACCUCAGCCAGUGCGGUGGCUGGCCCCUCAGGAAGCAUGAUGUACCGUCCGCUCCGUGAACCUCCCAAGGAGCGCAAGUACAUCAAAGUCGAUUCUGAUGACGAGGAGUGGGUUCCAAAAGAUGCUCCGGUACCAGACACCGGAGACAAGGACGCAGAUGGAGAGACAGACCGGGAGGAGGAAGAUGAAGAGCAGCCGGAGGAGGCCAACACCGUCAACCAAGUGCAGCUCAAUGCAGCUGAAGCAGCAGAGGUCGAUGCCCAGCUGGAGGCAUUGGCCAGGCUGACUGACGCCCUUGCUUGCUGCUAG